AUGCUCAAGUCAUUUUCUUUGGUAGCUUCUUUGGCUAUAAUAUCAGCCGUCAAUGCUCUCCCACUUAAUCCGUUCAACUACUUCCAGAAUCCCUUUGUGAUUGGUGAUAGCGACCGUGAGGUGAAUAUUGAUUCUUGGUACUACGACCUCCCAGUGAUCGAAACUGAGGCACUUCAAGCUCUUAUUAAUAAGGAAGGUCUUGAAGCCAGAGCUGAAAAGCUUUACAACAUUUCUAAGAGCUCAACUAAGCUUCUUGGCCACCCAACUAGAGUCAUAGGAUCCGAGGGCCAUUGGGGUACCAUCCACUACAUUACCGCAGAAUUGAGAAAGUUGGGCGGUUACUAUAAGGUUGAAACGCAAACGUUGACAGCAAUAGACGGUAAGGUCAACUCGUACUCGUUAUUGCUCGAUGGUCUCCAACCGGCUUCAGUGUAUCCAUUGUCUUUGACCCCAGCCACCAAGGAUUACAGACCCGUCCACGGAGACUUGAUCUUGGUCGACAACUUCGGUUGUAGCUUGGAGGACUUCCCAUCCAAUACUGUCGGCAACAUUGUUUUAGUCAAGAGAGGAGAAUGUGCGUUCGGCGAUAAGUCCAUCAACGCUGGGUUGUCUGGAGCACUCGGUGCCAUCAUCUACGAUCCUAAUGAAGACAGCCCAUUGCACGGUACUUUAGGCGAUGAUCCUACCGGUAACGAAGUUGCUACUGUAUCAAUCUCAAAGUCCGAUGCCGAACCAAUCAUUGCUAAGUUGGCAGGUGGAGACCAGGUCGAAACCACCUUGUAUGUUGACGCCUACGUCAAGAACAUUUCCACAUUGAACGUCAUUGCCGAAACCACGUUUGGUGACCAUGACAAUGUUGUUUCCUUAGGUGCUCACUCAGACUCUGUAUUUGAAGGUCCAGGUAUUAACGACGAUGGUUCUGGUACUAUUUCCUUAUUGGAAGUCGCCAAGUACUUGUCUCACUUCCAGGUCAACAAUGCAGUUAGAUUUGCAUGGUGGGCUGCUGAAGAAGAAGGAUUAAUUGGGUCUACUUGGUACGCUGAGCUGUUGCUGCCAGCUGAAAACCAAAAGUUGAGAUUCUUCUUGGACUACGAUAUGAUGGCUUCUCCAAAUUACGAAUACGAAGUGUACGAUGCCAACAACGUUGACCAUCCUAAUGGAUCUGGUGAUAUUAAGGAUCUUUUCAUCGAUUGGUACACUGAACACGGUUACAACUAUACUUUAGUGCCAUUUGACGGUAGAUCAGACUACGUUGGUUUCAUUGAUGUAGGUAUUCCAGCAGGAGGAAUUGCCACUGGUGCUGAAGGUAUCAAAGACAAGAAGAGUCAAGCGAAGUUUGGAGGUAAAGUUGGACACCAAUUCGAUGAUUGUUACCAUCAACUUUGCGACGAUUUACUGAACCCAGACUACGAAGCAUGGGUUGUUAACACCAAGUUAAUCGCCCACUCUGUUGCCAAAUUUGCCAAUUCUUUCGAAGGUUUCCCAGUCAGAGAAGCCCCAUCAAAGGAAGGAACCGCCGGUGUUGAAUCAGCAAAGGGUAAGGUCAGCGAUGGCUUCAAGUAUCGUGGAUCAAAGUUAAUCAUCUAA